UCCGCCGGACUACCGCUCCCAGCGUGCACCGCGCCCGCCGCCGCUCUCCCGGCGGGGUCAGCGCCCGGGACCGGAACCGAGAGCGCUACCGGCCGAACCGGGACACGGGCACGGCCUCACUUCUUGCCAGGGACUGUUCUCCGGCGGCGCUGCCGCUGCCCGCUCGGGCCCGUUAGGCUGUGAGGGGGCGCGGGGCAGGCCGGGAAGGGCGCGGGGCAGGCCGGGAGUGCCCCGGCACACGGCGCAGCGAAACCGGCACCGGCACCGGCCCCGGCAGCGGCGGGAUGUGGUACGAGAUCCUGCCCGGCAUGGCCAUCAUGGGCGUCUGCCUCACCAUCCCCGGCAUGGCCACCAUCUUCAUGCACCGCUGGUGUCACGGCGGCAAGGAGAAGAGGGUGGCCCGCUACCCCUACGAGUGGACCCUGAUGGAGAGGGACCGGCGGCUGUCGGGAGUCAACAAGUACUACGUGUCCAAGGGUCUGGAGAACAUAGACUAAGGUGUCAACGCUUUGAAAAAUUAAUGUAUCUAUAUAAAAUGAUUUAACUCUUAAAUAAAGAUACAUAUGUGUUCA